ACAGCGGACUACGGUUGUGUUCUGUCCGGGACUGAUCCGUAUUCGAGAAAAUGGAAACCGCGGCAAUCAUAUGGACCAUUUUGAUGAUACUACCGAAAUAUGUCUUAUCAGGUCAGAUAAAUACGGCAUCAUACAACAACUGGGCAGACCCCUACGGCCUCAACAUCAUCGGCCACUGGUCAGUAAAGGUUGAACUGAAAGGAUGUAAGAACAUACAGUUUGGUCUGUGGGGGCCAACCAAGUCAAAGUCCAAUGGCUACAACAUCGAUUUGAAUAAAGAAACCGGGGGCCAGUAUUUCUCAGCAGUCAGGAAAAAAUGCUCUGGUUGCCCAGGGACAUCGGAGGGUGAGGUGAAUCAGGGCGGUUCCUUCUUCACUUGCGUCUGGACCUUUCACCCCUACUGGCUCAGCUGGGACCAGUGCACCAUCAAGAUGGGCAAAGGGACAGUUAUCGGUGACCAGCAGGUGCUCAGCUGGAUGGACCCGGAUAUCAUUCAGAUCAAGUACUUUACUAUCGGGGCAUCAGACGGAUCAACUGUCGUCUCCAUGCGUUUUGACUCUACAACCAAUAAUCUGACUGUGAACACUCUCCAGACCUGCGGGGAACCCGCUUGUGCUGCUCAAAGUCGACCGGCAGUGUCCGGAGCGUUCCAGCCAUUUGUGUUUCAUCUGUCUGGUGCAGGGAAGAUGAUCAACGACGCUGGAGAUGUCAUCUUCAGUGGAGCAGGGAUGACGAAGAAGGAGUGCAACCACAAGUGUCUCUGUACCACUGCAUGCAUUGGGUUCAGCAUCUCCGCUACGGGCACCUGCAAACUGACCGACAAGUGUGUUCCAUCACUUGCAACUGAAGCAGGCUCCAAUGUCUAUACCCUCAAAUCCUUUGGAAGUACAUAAUCAGUCUUGUUAUAACGAUAUAUUGUUAUAUAAAUUACAACAUGAUGUAACUUGACCGAGCCGGUAAAUUCUGCAUAAGUCAUUGUUUGUCAUUGGUGAAUUCUAUUUCUUUUUCAAUGAAUAAUAUUCUUGUAAGUGAUUUAAAAAUAUUGAAGAUAUCAUAUAUACAAUUACUGAUGGGAGCGUAAAUAGAAACGACAGAAUCCUUUCCAGACAUAAGAAAUAUAUUUUGUACUAUUGGGGCUCGAUGCUGAUUACAUGGCUAUGAAUCAUUAUGAUUUAGUCAUGAUACCAGGUGUUCGCUAAACGUUUAACAUAUUCUGCCUCACUUGCAAAGGUGAGCAAUGUUCACGUGAACGAAAACGGGUCGUGAAUCACAUGACUAUUGAAAGAGUUUUGUAAAAUGUGAUUGUGUAUGGAAACAACGUUUGGGUGGUUUGAUCGUAGUGAUGUAUUCCUCUCAGCACGUGUGUAAACAAGAGCUACAACAUAGCUGUGGCUACUUCCGAGUCAUUUAAUGAAAAGUCCUCCAAGAUCUUCACCUGUCACUUCUAUAAAUGUGCAUGCUCCACGUGUUCCUUUGGAUUAUUCUUAUAAACAUAUACAGCGUCUUUGCGCUGUUGAAGUUUUGUGAUGUGUCUACUCAAAGAACGCCGUCCCUUAUCCAUCCUACUUUUUGUCUCCAUUCGAUACUGUGCACACACUGUUAGUUUUUGUUAUCUGUUAUAUGCAGUCGGGCAUUUUUUUAAUACACAAGCCUGUUUCUGGGAGAUGUAUCGUAGCCCAACGUUUUGGAUCACCUUACUUUACUACACGUACGAAUCGGGAUUCAUGCCGCGAUGCAUUCAACAGGUCUAAGCCAAUACCCAUCUUACAAUUUCUGUUUGCAUCGACUGGAACGAACUUAUAUGUUCUUGCGAUCUCUGAUGACUAUCGAAACUACACAGUUAUCACCUUAACAAAUGUGUAUGAGUCACCACCAAUUAUCAAAAACGUCAGACACAUGAUAUUCUUACACCUGAUAUUCUUACACUUUAUAUCCUUACAACUGAUUUCCUUACACUGGUGCCAUCGAUGAUUCUCGGUAGUCCAUUGCGACUUUCACAAAUUCACGUGUGUGUUUGUGUUUGUUUGUUUGUUUGGCUGUUUGUUUAUACUUCUGCUGACAAGUUUAUAUUGCCAGCCCACUGUGUGCAGUUAAACAUGGAUAUUACUCUCAUAUACCAUGUUUAUUAACUCACAGCCUCCUAGUCUUUGUGUGAAUAUUUCAUGUGUAAUGUUAAUAUAUAUUACUGGGAGUGUUAUAUGUUUCAAAUGAUAAUUUUUGUCAUUGACAUGCAUUGUCU